CGGCGGGUGAAGAGGCUCCGGCGGCCGCGCUGUGCUUUAUAACGCACCCUGCGCAGACCCCGGCAGCCUCGGUGUUGCCCGCACCCGCUUCCCGCCUCCUCGGAUCGCGCCGGCAGCGCAGCCUCGCGAAGCCUCGGACCUCACCGCCCGCGUCUGGACAUGGCGAUCCCCGCCGGCCGCUGGCGCCCGCGCACCUCUCUGGCGCCCACGCUCCUACUCGGAGGCCUCCUCGCCCGGGUGGUCGCUGCUGCAGAAACUCCAGAGAGAGCAUAUAAUUUAACCUGGAAAUCAACUAAUUUCAAGACGAUUUUGGAGUGGGAACCCAAACCCACCAAUUAUGCCUACAAGGUUCUUAUAAGCUCUGGGUCAAAAGACUGGACAAGUAAGUGCUUCUCAAAAACAGAUACCGAGUGUGACCUCACGGAUGAGAUUGUGAAGGACGUGCACCAGACUUAUGUGGCAAAGGUCCUAUCUGUCCCAUUGAAUGGCACCCAUUUUGCUGGCGACCUACCCUAUACGAACUCCCCGGAGUUUAUACCGUACAAGCAGACAAAACUCGGACAGCCAAGAAUUCAGAGUUUUGAACGAGUUGGGACAAUACUGAACGUGACAGUCGAAAAUUCACCCACAGCAAUCAGAAGGAAUGGUACAUUCGUAAGCCUGCGGGAAGUUUUUGGCAAGGACUUAAGUUAUAUACUCCAUUAUUGGAGAGCCACAAGUACAGGAAAGAAAACAGCCAAGACAAACACUGAUGAGUUUUUGGUUGAUGUGGAUAAAGGAGACUACUACUGUUUCAGUGUUGAAGCCCUGAUUCCCUCUCGGAAUGAGAACCAGAGGAGUCCACAAAGUGCUACUGAGUGCAUGACUCAAGGGCAAGGUGUAUUCAGAGAAACGUUCUUCAUCGUGGGAGCAGUGGUAUUUGUGGCCAUCAUCUUCAUCAUCAUCCUGUCCCUAUCUCUGUACAAUCGCAGAAAGGGUAGAGGACGGAAUGGGAAGAAUGCCCCGCUGCAUGGGGUUUAAAGAAAGCAACGUCAGAGCUGCUAACUACUGCACUUGCUGCACAGCACUGUGACCAAGACCUCUGAAGAGAAUAGAGGAUGUGGAAACACAGCAUGAAGACCCUGGUUCAGAAAGGCUCCUCACGUGACCAGUUACUCCAGCGAGCACUCUGAUUCUGACAACAGCAUUUGUCACUUUGGAAUGUAAUGAAUGGUACUUAACACUACAGCACCUUUUGCACAAGUGCUUUAGAUUGCAUGUUCUAUACUCAAGACAACACUAGGUCAUCCAAGCAAAACAAUGAACAGAUAGAUAGAUGCCUUCAUAUAUCCUGGGUGGAUUUUGGAGAGUCUUUGAGAAGGGGCUUCCCAGCCUAUGGAAGAGUAAAAUGGAAAUCGGGUAGACUCUUCUAACAGCUGUGCUUCUCUAGCGAGGCGUUUAGUUCCCCCCCACCCCAAGGUACUCAUGGAAGCGACUGGUAAAUUUUUAUAUGAAUGUAUGUAAAUGCAGGAUAUUUCUGUUGGAAGCACCUUCCUGACAUACAGUUUAGCACUUUAACUGACAUUGGUAGGGAUUAAACAUUUGACAGCUAACUAUUUUUAUAAGACUACUAUACAAAGAAACUACAUGGAAUUUAUGAUUUAGGGUACUUAAAAGUGUCUGUGGUUAAUGUUGUAUAUAUUUAUAUAAUGUUAAAGGUUUUGUAUAUGGGAUUUUCUAUUUAUAUAGGUUUUAUUUGUAUAUAUUGAGAUAAUUUAUUAAAUAUACUUUUAUAUAAAUAAAGGUGAUUGGGAAUUGAGA